UCACUCCAUGAUGGCUUUGCACGCCCAGCUUUGGAAUGUGGGCACGUUUGCCGUGAUAUGGGCACUUUUCUUACUCCAUGUGGAUGGAAACUCGUUCAUGGUCAGCCAGCCAAUGGUGAGCAUUCCAGGGGAAGUCUCAUCCUUUCCAUUAGUCACUUCGACCGUUUGUGCCAUGCGGUGCCAUCAACUCCAUGGAGUUGGUUACAUUUAUAAGAAUGGUACCUGCGACGUCUAUGGGCCUAAUCAAGUAGAUUCCAGUAGAGGUGGGCGCAUCUUCCAGAGGCUUUCUCUUCCGUCUCUGGGCUCCUUGGAAGAGAUAUCUCGAGGGAAACCAACAGAAGGCUCUGUGCAAUACGGAUCCCUUGCUCCCGAAAACGCCAUUGACGACUCGAACACAACUAUGUAUCACAGCGCCAAUGAUAUUGCCCGUGCAUGGUGGAUGGUGGAUCUGCUGCAGCACUGGAAGGUGUACACAGUUGAGAUCUUACCCAGAUACGGUUACCUACCAGCUGUUGGGAGAUUCCACGACGUAGAGAUGUCUCCUCUCUGCACAAAUAGAUUGUUCCUGGACGUAUUAACCAGGUGGUGGCAGCGACAAAUGACCUAG